AAGCAUUUACCUGUCCAGGUAAGUCAGGAAGAGGUCAAAAGAAGAAAACAGCAGGAGGCAGGGGAAUCAGGCUCUGUCUGUGUCUCUGCCCUUUGAAAUAGAAGGGUAUUUCUUCCCUCUCUUCAGCCCCCCAUCCAGGAAAGGCCCAGCUUGGGACAUUCUUCGCUUCUCUUCGCUUCCCCUCUGGGAGCCCCUUUCGCCGUCCCUGCACCUUGCUUCUGGCAAUGCCCGAGAGGGAGCUGUGGCCAGAGGGGCCUGGCUCGGAACCCGUGACCCGCAUCGGCAGCUGGGACAGCAUGACGAGCACCACCUCCACCCGCUCUGGAUCUACUGACAGCUACGACUUCCUGUCCGCUGAAGAGAAGGAGUGUUUGCUCUUCCUGGAGGAGACCAUUGGUUCAUUGGACACUGAGGCUGACAGCGGACUGUCCACUGAGGAGUCUGAGCAAGCCACAACUCCCCAAAGUCCCCGAGCACUGCCCCUACUCCAGCCUGCUCCCCAGGGACAUCCAGAGGAGACCGUUGCUCAGCAAAGACUAGAGCCAAGGAGAGCAACCCAGUCCAGCUUCCCCCCUCUGCCUGAACCCCAAGGCCUGGGCUUCAGAUCCGGCUCCUACAGCCUCCCCCGCAAUAUCCACAUUGGUAGGAACCAGAACCUCAGGAAAAGCACCACCCAGACGAAUAGCCACCUGCCGGGGGAACCCAAGAGGGUCAUCCCAGACCCCAGGGAAGAGCAGCUCAGCCAGAGCAGGGAGCCCAGCCAGGCUCCAGUCCAGAGGGUCAUCCCAGACCCCAAGGAAGAGCAGCUCAGCCAGAGCAGGGAGCCCAGCCAGGCUCCGGCGGGGCUCCAGGAGGCCGCCCUUGAUUUGGACACAGCUCUCAUCCCCCCACCAGAGGCUUUCCGGGACUCCCAGCCCGAGCAGGGUGGGGAAGACAGCCUGCCCACAGGGCCAGGGGAGAAGACCCCCGCUCCCCAGCUCCUCACGUCACUCAGCCCCCAGAAGAGAAAGGAGACUUCUUCAGAGGCUAUGUCCCAAAACGCCAAUGAGAAAGGCUCAACAGGGGCACCAGGACAACCUCGGCCUCUUCCUGCCAUGUCGUCUCAGAACGCCAGAGCGGCAGAUGCUUCCGUCCCACCAGGGCGGGAUCCAAAUGCCCAAGUGGCUCCCCUCACAGGGCCUAAGCCCCGGAAGCUGCCCCCUAAUAUUGUUCUCAAGAGCAGCCGAAGCAGUUUCCACAGCGACCCCCAGCACUGGCUGUCCCGCCACUCGGAGGCUGCCCCCGGCGAUUCCGGCCUGGUCUCCUCCUCCCUGCAGGAGCAGAGGAAAGCACGCAAGGAGGCUCUAGAGAAGCUGGGGCUGCCCCAGGACCAAGAGAAGCCCAGCCCCCACUUAAGUAAGCCCACCAGCUCCAUCAGACUCAAGGGGACUGGCCCUCAGGCCCCUUCCCCAGCCCCAGCUUCAUCUCCUGCCCUGGCUCAGCCUGCACCUCAGGUCUCAGCAGCUGUACCUGCUGCAGGGAAGGCAUUCGCUCCUGCUCCAACCCGGGGACCUUCUCCAAUGAAAGCCCUGGCUCCCGCUCUAGCUCAGGGGUCUACUCCAGGCAAGGUUUUCAUUCCCGCUCAGGAACCCACUCCCGGGAAGGUUCCAGCUGCCAAAUCCAUGCCAAUUCCCAUCUCUAGGGCCCCCGGGGUAAGUAGUCCCCUGACUCUGCAGGAGAGCAGCAUCCCUGGGCUGAGACAGAUGAACUUCAAGUCCAACACUCUGGAGCGGUCAGGUGUGGGGCUGAGCAGCUACCUCUCAGCUGAGAAAGACCCCAGCUCCAAGACCAGCACCUCUCUGGGCAAAGACCCCUUCUUGAGCAAAAUCUCACCCAAUGACUUGCGUAAUUCCCGGCCCCGCCCUGCCUCCUUGGGCACUGGGAAGGACUUUGCAGGGAUUCAGGUGAGCAAGCUGGCUGACCACGAGCAGAGCUCCAAGCGCCUGUCUUACCAAGGACAGAGCCGCGACAAGCUGCCUCGACCCUCUUGCGUCAGUGUCAAGAUUUCCCCCAAAGGCAUCCCUGAUGAGCACCGAAGGGAGGCUCUGAAGAAGCUGGGACUGUGGAAGGAGUAAAGUAGGCCCUGGCCACCAGCACUGCCCGCACAACCUCGUCCCUGCCUCCUGUCAUACAAGACGACCUUCAGGGCUCCACCUAGGAGCCUUGGCCACCUCACUGCUCAGGGGCUGGGCAGGGGUAGGCUUCUUUCCGACGCUCUGCUCUCUGAAGUGAAGAGGAGGGAGAGAUCGGAGUCCAAGCCUACGCUCAGAUUCAGGGUGGUUGUGCCAAUGAGUACCCGAUGAAUCAUCCUGAAGAUGAUUUCCACAGGAGUGUGUGUGUGUGUGU